ACACGCUGAUCUAAUCUUUUCUUUCGAACUGAUCCACUUCCAUAUAUAAAUCGACACAUUUUUGAAGGAGGUCAGAUCCAGAUCGAAGACGGGAAACCAACCAACAAUGAGAUUUUCCAGUCUCUGCAUUAUCUUCUUUGCCUUUGCGGCGUUCACGGUUAAGGCCUCCCCGUUCCACGAUCAUGAUGAGAUUGACGACAUCGACCAUGAUGACUGUCCCUUACUCCAUUUCGACGACGACGAGGACUAUGUCUUUGAUGAUGUUGAUGAGGACGAAGUAAUUGACUUUGACGAUUUGGAUGAGGACACGUUCAAAGAAUUGAUUCCCGAGGAAGAUUGGGAGGAGGAAGACUUUGAGUUCUUGACUGAAGAAGAGAGGGCUAAUAAUUUGAAGGAAGCUGCCGACUUCAUCCAUGAACAGAACGCAGCCUUCAGAAGUCAACAAUCUCUGUUUUUCGCCAAGCCCACCCCGCUUUCCAUUGUAGGAACCGAAGGCCUUGCCAAUCGGACAGGCUUCAAUGUGGACGCCGCAAUGAGGACGGGCUUCAACCCCCAAGGGAUGACCUUUGAUGAGCCUUCAAUGCGGUACUUUGAAAGUCUCAUGAGAUCCGGGGACACUCCCCCUGCCGAGUUCCACACUCCUACGAGCAAAUUGACUGGGGUUAGGAACCAAGGCAGUUGUGGCUCUUGCGUCAUUUUUGCCUCCGUAGCCUCCCUUGAGACUGGCAUCUUGGUGAAGAAGCCCACCAUGAGUAACUCUUUGGAUUUGGCUGAGAAGACCCUGUUGAAUUGCGCUGGCAACUAUCGCAAUGCCAACGGUUGCCAAGGGGCUCCUAUCGAUCCCUACAUACACUAUCUGACUAAAAACCGUGGCGGUAACAUUCCAGCUGAGCAUAAGGACCCCUACAAGGGGGUCCAAUCUGCCACUUGCCUCCCUGAAAAAGACAAUCUCGACCCGGGGGUCAAGGUCAGUAAAAUGGUCAGCCUGUAUGAACCCAAAGAGGAGGGACUAAUGAGAUUGGUGGCCAAGCAUGGCGCGGUAGUUGUGGCCUUCUCCACCGGGCCCGACGGGUCCCCUCUGAGCAAAGCCAUCAUGAAUUAUGCCGGUGGUAUUUUUGACCUAUGUCCUUCGGCCGAAUUUACUAACGGUCACGCCGUGACCGUGGUUGGAUAUGGAAACCACAAGGGCGUCAAGUAUUGGAAAAUCAAGAACUCCUGGGGAUCCUCUUGGGGAGAGUCAGGUUACUUCAAAAUGAAACGAGGCGUUAACUGCAACUACAUCGAACUGUUUGGCGUGGUACCCAUUUUGGUCAAUACGGAUGGCUCAACUCCCACAACAACAACAACAACAGGUACUACUACAACAACUACAACCCCUGCUACUACAACCGAACCCACUGAUGAGAGUGGAAGUGGAUCCGGGGACUCUUGGUACGACGAUUGGAGCGAUUGGGAAUGAUAUCAUGUGGAACAAUUGGGAAGAUUUCCAUGAAUAUUUCAGCAACUUCUGACAAAUUUUUGAUGGCGUUGCAUGUCAUGGUUCCAUUGAUCAUGUACCCAAUAAGUUGAAUAUACGUAAUUUGCAUCUAAA